AUGGCCUCUACUCCAAAUGCAUCAUCCUGGUUUGACCAGGCUCGGUUUAUUCCUCCCGAUGCCAUCUUUGCCCUAACCGCAAAGUAUGUGGCCGACACAUUCCCACAAAAGGUCAAUCUGGGCCAGGGCACCUAUCGCGAUGCCAAUGGUCAACCCUGGGUUCUGCCAUCGGUCAAUAAAGCGCGCGAACAAUUACUGGCCAACGGAUUAAACCACGAAUAUCUGCCCAUUUUGGGCCUGGCCGACUUCAGGAAUGCGACAGCCAAGCUGGUCUUGGGGUCUGAUCUGUAUUCUCAGAGACAGAGUCAAGUGGCAACCUGCCAAAGCCUGUCCGGCACUGGUUCUCUGCAUUUGGCGGGCUUGUUAUUGCGCGCAUGUCAUGGCCAACCUAAAGUUUACAUUCCCUCACCCACCUGGUCCAACCAUCAUCAGGUCUUUGGAUCCCUUGGGUUCCCUUGUGAGAGCUUCAAGUACUAUGAUCCCGAGACGCGGGACUUGGAUGUGGAAUCAUACUACUCCAUGUUGGAUAAUGCAGAGCCCAAUUCGAUCGUUAUCAUCCACGCCUGUGCCCACAACCCAACCGGCUGCGACCCCAGCAAAGAGCAAUGGAAGGAGAUUGCGAGGCGCAUGAAAGAACGUCAGCUAUUCCCACUCUUCGACUCCGCCUAUCUUGGGUUCAACUCGGGGAACCUGGACGAGGAUGCCUAUCCGAUUCGACUGUUUAUCGGGGAGAUGGAGAUGGAGGCCGGUGUGUGUGUCUCAUUCGCGAAGAACAUGGGUCUUUACGGGAACGACGAUCCGAAGUCUCCAACCCCCCCUGGCUUUGGGGCCAAGAUUGCCAGCCAGGUGUUGGGGUCAGAGGAGCUCAAACAGAUGUGGUAUGCGGAUAUGGUCACCAUGAGCGAUCGUAUUCGAUCCAUGAGGAAGGCCUUGUAUGAUCAUUUAAUCGCAUUGGAGACGCCUGGAACUUGGGAUCACUUGAUCCGGCAGUCGGGAAUGUUUGGGUUUCUAGGAUUGUCGCCAGAGGUUGUAGUGAAGCUUCGAGAGCAAUAUCAUGUGUACAUGGCCGAUAAUUCCCGGGUAUCCAUUGCGGGUCUCAACGAGGGCAAUGUUGAAUAUGUAGCGAGAUCGAUUGCGGAGGUCUUAAAAGGCGAAUUAAGAUCAUGA